CUCCGACUCCUCCUCCACCGGCACCUCCGCCGCCGCCGCCCGCCCCGCCGGGUCCUAAAGCCGCGCGCCUCAGGAGAAUGGUGCGCCUGGCGGCCGAGCUGCUGCUGCUGCUGGGGCUGCUGCUGCUCACGCUGCACAUCACCGUGCUGCGCGGUUCCGGAGCCGCCGACGGGCCGGACGCGGCCGCGGCCAACGCCAGCCGGACCCAGCUGCAGAAUAACCUCAACGUGGAAAGUGAUUCUACAUCAGGAACCAGCUUUCCUCUCUCCAAAGAAGCACCAGGGGAGCAUUCAGACCACGAGACUGCACACCAGCCCCUCCCCAGACAGCGGUUCCAGCAAGAGGCUGGGCACCCUUCAUUGCAAAGAGACGGCCCCCGAUCCUUUCUCCUUGAUCUACCAAACUUUCCAGAUCUUUCCAAAGCUGAUAUCAAUGGGCAGAAUCCAAAUAUCCAGGUCACCAUAGAGGUGGUGGACGGUCCUGACUCGGAAGCAGAUAAAGACCAGCAUCCGGAGAAUAAGCCCAGCUGGUCUGUCCCACCCCCCGACUGGCGGGCCUGGUGGCAGAGGUCCUUGUCCUUGGCGAGGGCCAACAACGGGGACCAGGACUACAAGUACGACAGUACCUCAGACGACAGCAACUUCCUCAACCCCCCUGGGGGGUGGGACCGUCCGGCCCCAGGCCACCGGACUUUUGAAACCAAAGAUCAGCCAGAAUAUGAUUCCACAGAUGGUGAGGGCGACUGGAGUCUCUGGUCUGUUUGCAGUGUCACCUGUGGGAACGGCAACCAGAAACGAACCAGGUCCUGUGGCUAUGCAUGUACUGCAACAGAAUCUAGGACCUGUGACCAUCCAAACUGCCCAGGAAUUGAAGACACCUUCAGGACAGCUGCCACUGAAGUGAGUCUGCUUGCGGGAAGUGAAGAGUUUAAUGCCACCAAGCUCUUCGAAGUUGACACGGACAGCUGUGAGCGGUGGAUGAGCUGCAAGAGUGAGUUCUUAAAGAAGUACAUGCACAAGGUGAUCAAUGACCUGCCCAGCUGCCCCUGCUCCUACCCCACCGAGGUGGCCUACAGCACGGCCGACAUCUUCGACCGCAUCAAGCGCAAGGACUUCCGCUGGAGGGAUGCCAGCGGGCCCAAGGAGAAGCUGGAGAUCUACAAGCCUACCGCCCGCUACUGCAUUCGCUCUAUGCUGUCCCUGGAGAGCACCACGCUGGCCGCCCAGCACUGCUGCUAUGGUGACAACAUGCAGCUCAUCACCAGGGGCAAAGGGGCGGGCACGCCCAACCUCAUCAGCACCGAGUUCUCGGCGGAGCUCCACUACAAAGUGGACAUCCUGCCCUGGAUUAUCUGCAAGGGCGACUGGAGCAGGUACAACGAGGCCCGGCCUCCCAACAACGGACAGAAGUGCACGGAGAGCCCCUCGGAUGAAGACUACAUCAAGCAGUUCCAAGAGGCCAGGGAGUAUUAAGAAGAUGCUACCAGAAUGCACUGCACUGAUCUGCCUCCUGGCCCAGAGGCCAUCUCACCUGCAUACGUGUAUGUGUGUAUAUGCCACGUGAAUAUCUGUGUAAAUUACACUAGGGGUGUGCUCCAGGCCCCGUGACUGCCAUCUGAAGCCACCAUUGCGGUCUUCAGUGCCUACAGACCUCCCUGGAGCUCUUCCUAGGGGUGAUGUCCACAAGGAGGAUGGGGACAAGGAAGCGGGAAGAGGACCCUGGAAGCCAUAGCGGGCAGGAUUCAAGUCACACCCCGGAUCCAGUGUUUCCAAGGGACGCAAAAGGCGAAAGAAACUGAAGUUGUAAACGUGAUAAGCAGUUUUUAUAUAUAACUUAUUUAAUGUGAAUGUGACUUAUGCCUAACCUUUUCUCUGGAGUUGUCAGUCGUGAAAUUAUUUAAUCACUUCCAAGAGAAUUCAGAAGGAGGCUUAGGGAGGUGGAAGAGAAAGAGAAUUUUCUAGUGAUGACUCCUUUAAAAAAUAAAUAAAUCAAUGGAAAUAUAUCAAAACAAGAAAACGCCCACCUUAAACCAAAGGUUAUUUAGUCAUGAGGUACCUUGCUGGAGUCUCAGCUUCCAAAAUGCCCUUGCCUCAGACUGGGUAGAAACUGGGGGGCAAAUGGGCAUUUUGGAAGCAAAUCUGAGGCCUGGUUUUAAAUAGGCUUUAAAAUAAAAGCUGAUAUUAGCACAAUGCUAUGAUUCUACUAAAAGGACCCAGAAUGGCACAAUUUCUGCUCAUGCCUUAAUCGGUUCAGAAGGCUGCAGGAAGGCCAGAUGUAAAAAUAAGGAGUUAGCACUUUUCCAAAGAAAAAAAGCAGAACAGAUAGGAAAAGAACAUAAACCUCAUUUCACCUAUUUUAUUUUAAUACCAUCUUAAUAUUUUUCUCGACCAAUAUAUGCCCAAUAAAUAAAUAUAAAAAGAAAAGGAGACCUCAAGUCUAGAAAUUUCUAAUUUUUUAUGUUUUAAGAAAGGAAAAAAAACUACAUUAUUUUUGUAAAGUAUUUAUUGAGUCGCUGAGUCUUGUGCAUCAAGCAGUUAUAAUAUGACCUGGUUCUGUAGGGUGGAACUUAGGAUAAAUAAAGAGUUGGUUCUUAUGCAGUCCUUACUUGCAAAACUCCAGGAAAAGAGAUUAUAUAAUAAAAUCAUAAUAAAAUGUGUUACCUGCA